AGGGCCGCAGGCCUUGGCGGAGGUUGAGCCCGCCCCCUAAAGGAGCGGAAGAAGGGGCAAGCGGACGCUCCCAGAGCCGAGAACAACGGGUGCCCCUCCCUCCCGGCGACCCGGGCGAGCGGGACGGGAGGGGGUGAAAAAAGCCUCUAACGCCCUCCCAACCCCCCCUCGUUGUAGGAUCAUGGAUUUUCCAGGGCACUUCGAGCAAAUCUUCCAGCAACUGAAUUAUCAAAGACUUCAUGGCCAACUUUGUGACUGUGUCAUUGUAGUUGGGAAUAGGCACUUCAAGGCGCAUCGAUCGGUCUUGGCAGCAUGCAGCACUCACUUUCGAGCCCUUUUCACUGUAGCAGAAGGAGAUCAGACCAUGAACAUGAUCCAGUUGGAUAGCGAGGUGGUGACCGCCGAGGCCUUUGCUGCUCUCAUUGACAUGAUGUACACCUCCACUCUCAUGCUUGGAGAGAGUAAUGUUAUGGAUGUGUUGCUAGCAGCUUCUCACCUCCAUUUGAACUCUGUGGUUAAAGCCUGCAAACACUACCUGACUACAAGGACGCUACCAAUGUCGCCACCGAGUGAUAGAGUUCAAGAACAGAAUGCACGCAUGCAGCGGUCCUUCAUGCUUCAGCAGCUUGGACUAAGCAUAGUGAGCUCUGCCUUGAACUCCACCCAAAGCACAGAGGAUCAGACCAAUUCAAUGAGUUCAUCAAUCAGAAGUAACAUAGAGCAACGGAGUACUUUCCCAAUACGACGCCUACAUAAGCGCAAACAGUCUUCUGAAGAAAGGGCUAGACAGCGCAUUAGACCUUCCAUGGACGAUUCUGUUAUGUCAGAUGUUACUCAAGAGAAUGCCCAGGCUGUGGUUCAUUCGAGAGACGAAUUUUUUUCCCCAGACUCGUUGAAAAUUGUAGACAAUUCUAAACCAGAUGGUGUAACUGACAACCAAGAAGACAAUACUAUUAUGUUUGAUCAGUCGUUCGGUGCUCAAGAAGAUGCCCAAGUGCCCAGUCAAUCGGACAACAGUGGGGUAAAUAUUUCCCAGAUGUCCAUGGCAUCACAGACAACUCAAGUUGAGACUAGCUUUGACCAGGAGUCUGCUUCCCAGAAAAACAACUUUCAGUGUGAGAAUACUGAGGUUGGUCUAAGUGAAAAAGAUCAUAUGCGAGUGGUGGUGAAAUCUGAGCCUUUGAGUUCCCCAGAACCCCAAGAUGAAGUGAGCGAUGUGACUUCCCAGGCUGAGGGAAGUGAAUCCGUAGAAGUGGAAGGAGGAGGAGUAAGUGCUGAGAAGAUAGAACUGAGCCCCGAGAGUAGUGACCGUAGCUUUUCGGAUCCCCAGUCUACUACCGAUAGGGUGGGAGAUAUCCAUAUCAUGGAAGUCACAAAUAACAUGGAGCACAAGUCCUCCUUCAGUAUUUCAAAUUUUCUGAGUAAGAGCAGAGCCAGCAGUUUUGGUGCUAGCCAGAACGAGGACAACAUUCCAAACACAACGAGUGACUGCAGAAUGGAUGGGGAUGCCUCUUACUUAAUUAGCCCAGAGUCUGGGCCUGCUAACAGCCAUUCUUCUGCUACAGUCUCUCAUGUAGAUAAUCCGUACAGUGAGAGCACAGACUCUCAUUUUGUCAGGCCUAUGCAGGAUGUAAUGGGUCUUCCUUGCGUACAGAGUUCUGGUUACCGGGCAGCAGAACAGUUUGGGAUGGACUUCCCGAGAUCUGGCUUAGGGUUGCAUUCUCUCUCAAGGGCUGUUAUGGGCUCUUCAAGAGGUGGAGCGAGUGGCUUUCCUAGCUACCGUCGUAUAGCUCCCAAAAUGCCUGUUGUGACCUCUGUUCGAAGCUCUCAGUUACCAGAGAAUGCUCCUAAUUCUCAGCUGCUAAUGAAUGGUGCCACUUCCUCUUUUGAAAAUGGGCAUCCUUCGCAGGCUGGCCCACCACAGCUGACCAGGGCAUCUGCUGACGUUCUUUCGAAAUGUAAGAAGGCCUUAUCUGAACACAAUGUCUUGGUGGUAGAAGGUGCACGCAAGUACGCAUGCAAAAUCUGCUGCAAGACGUUUCUGACCUUAACAGACUGCAAGAAGCACAUCCGUGUGCACACAGGGGAGAAGCCAUAUGCUUGUUUAAAGUGUGGCAAAAGGUUUAGUCAGUCAAGCCAUUUGUAUAAACAUUCCAAAACUACUUGCCUACGCUGGCAGAGCAGCAAUCUACCCAGCACUUUGCUUUAACUCUUUCCCUUAGUCUCAGUAUGCCAAUACAGAUUUUAAUAAUGCAUGGAACACAAAAAGUGAACACUUAAGUGUGAUUGUGCCACACACACAAAAAAAAAAGGCUUAGCUCUUUUUAAUAUUUGUACCAUACCUACCUCACAGGGGUGUUGUGAGGCUUAAACAACUUUUCAAGUAGCGCUUUGAAGUUCUCCAGCUCUGUCACACGAGAAUCCCAUGCACACUUGGCAGUAAGGCCUUUUGUACUUCAUGGGACUUACUUCCAAGUAAAUGCAGAUAGGUGUGGGCUGCAUGUAUUAUAUGGACACAGUCCUCGGUAUCAUUAGGUCUUUGGUAGAAGGUUGAAAGAAUAAAAAGUGGAGCUAGUGCAUAAUUUAACUAGCACAUUUCAAGAAUGAAAAAUUGAAGUGCAAACUUUAAUUUUUUUAAGAUGUGAAAGCGUUUAUCUGUAAAAUAGGUUCCUCCAUGGAAUGUGAGAGCAACAUUACGAAGAGUUCUUCAUGGUUGAAGAGUGCACGUCAUGAAGAGAAAACCACCUUUGCGCCUCAAAAUGCUUUGAAGUGCGCUAUAGAUUUAACAUAGUUUUAGGGGUUCUGAAUGUAUUUUUGGUUGUUUUGCAGUAACUUACACUGUGUAAUGAAGGUGCUUACCUUGAGUCCAAUGCAAGUAACUUUUUAGACUGUCUGAUAUGUAUGUGUGUAUAUAUACUUUGAAUACAGCAAAAUCUCCUGGAUGUUUCAUAAUUUUCUUUUUGUAAAAUCUUGUACUGAAUAAGUGAAGUGUGUGUUAUACUUGGUAGUGUUUCUAACCAAUUUGUAUUUCAUGUGUUAAAACUUCUCAUUAAGUCUUAAAUGAAGUCUGCUGUUAUUUCAAAAGUCAGAUCUUGUAAUUUCCUUUGCAGUCUUCUGUCUUUUUUCAAAUGUUGCUAUUCAGUCACAUCUGAAUUUAUUGUGCAGACUAAUUUUUAGAGGUUACUUUUCUGGAUUUAAUGUGCAUUUCCAUAUUCCUAUGCACUAAAGUAUUAAAAUAGCAACCUGAUUUGUGUGCCAGUUCAGGUAUUACUUUAUAGAAGUGUCCUUUCCCUUGGAAAGAAAAAUACUUGUUCAGAUAAUUCCUGUAUGAUUGUAGUGUUCAGGCAAAUCAACAGCCAAGUCCUUUGUCUGCCUCGUUUUGAAACCAUGGAGUUUUAAGGUUGAGAAUUUUUUGAACAACUGCAGUUGUGAAUAGGGGUGUGCACCCGAAAAAGAUUUGGGUUUCCCGCUUUGGGAUUAAACCGCUUUGGUAUGCUCCGUAAAUAUUCGGGAAUCUUUACAGAGCACACCAAAGCUCAAAGCAGCACUUUUCUUGCCGUAUACAAAUAAUAAUAAUACUAAUAACAACAUUUGAUUUAUAUACCGCCCUUCAGGACAAUUUAAUGCCCACUCAGAGCAGUUUACAAAGCUUGUCAUUAUCCUCACAACAAAACACCCUGUGAGGUGGGUGGGGCUGAGAGAGCUCCAGAGAGCUGUGACUAACCCAAGGCUUCAAGUGGAGGAGUGGGAAAUUAAACCCGGUUCUCCAGAUUAGAGUCCCGCAUUCUUAACCACUACACCAAACUGGCUCUCAUACCAAACUGGCAAGAAAAGUGUUGCUUUCAAGCUUCCUGCCCCGCCGCCUUUUUUAACCUGAUGGGAGUGGGGAGGAGGGGGUUCCCCUCCCAUUGGCAUUUGAACGCAACAAGCAGCACUUUCCUAUUUGUAAAAGCAAACAGCUAGAAAAGUGCUGCGGCUGCUGCCGCUUUACCCGAAACAAUACGAACUGCUUCGGAAAGCUUUGCUUUGGGAGUGGAGAAGAUAGACCCUUUGCAAAUAAUUUUCUGAUAAAGAGGUGUUAAGGUGCAGGGGGGAGUUAUGAAAUUAAGGCUGCAGUCCUAUGCAUAUCUCCCUGCUUGUAGACUCCAUUGAACUGAGUGUGAAUGGCAUGGACAUAAAUAUGCACACGGGAUUGGACUGUAAGUUCACAACAUUCUGUGCUUGUUUCUAUUUUAAGCUUGAAUUCUAGAAAAAAAAAUUGCUUGCAGAUUUUUCUGGCCAGGAUCUAAUUGCUGCUUUCAGUAUUUGGACUGUUGCUCUUUAUUAACGAAUGCAGUAAUAGUAGCGCCUUGUGAUAGAAUAAAGAGACCAGAACCACCUUUGUCAUGUAAAGCAUUUUAAUGAAAUGCUCUGGGAGCCAAGGCAACAAGUGGUCCAAGGAAGUGUUACAGUGGACGAAAUCACUUGGAAGCACACUGCGCUUGGCACCAGGCCAGUCUUCCUUCUCACAGCCUGAGUUCGCUAGGCAUGCUUUCUCCUUUCAGCCCCGCCAGAAGAUUAUUGGCAGCCAGCACUGACAUAGUAUUCCGGGUUGCGUAGGUGGCACUUCCAAUGUGAGGCAGAAUCACUGUUCAAAGAAACAGGAGGAAAAGAGGGUCCUCUUUAGACAGUAAGCCAGCAUCCCUAUUUCAUUUUGGUCUGUAGUCACCCAGGAUCCCUGUGCACGCUCUCAAAGCGCCGGAAUGUGCUGUCAGGUAGAAAAAAUUGGAACGCAAGCCCCUAGCUCGGACUGAGCUUAAAGGCAUACUUAAAGGCAGGCAGGGAACAGCGAGGGAUAUUUCAGAAGGAAAAGCCCUGUACGGUAUCACCUUUUAUUAGGAUCCAUCAAAAUACCACCACUGAGGGGAAAAACUUAAGAGGGAGUUGAAAGCAAAUGACCAGGACUUCUGCAUCCUAGGUUAGAAGGGCAGGCAGGUCUGAAUAAAGGGGCACGUGGUGUUCUACUGCAUGGCGUCUGGGGUUAGAUUUUGCUUUGGACCACUGUGCCUCUUUGCAGCCUCCAUUUUGGAAAUGUCUGAAUCUAACAGCUCAACUGGAAGAAAAUCCUCUGGGAAAGUGUCCCACGUACCCUCCCUUCGCUGUGCGCAUCACCUCCUAAAAUGUCUGUUUUUCAAAUGUCAUGACUGUCAUGUUUUCUCUCUGCCUUCUAAGGGACCUGAGUCUUCUAAUUUGGUGUUAGAUGUUUGAAAAAAAAUGUUCAGCUAGAGACUGCCUGCCUCUGCCCCCUGACCUCCUUCUUCAAAGGCCUAAAGGAACAACUGAGUUCCAACUCCACUUCCAUUUUAUCUAUUGAAAUCUGCCAGGCACCGUAGGCAGGAUGCAGGCGAGAAGCCUUAAAACCAGGGCCUGAAAUAGCUUGCUUUUAUCUCUCUUCCCACCUCUCUUAAAAAGAGUACAGCACAGAGAACUUGAAAGCUUCUGCCCUAUUUUUAUUUCACGUGGUCUUAAUAAAAACUAUUGUACAGUU